AUGACAGCUUACAUGGUUUCAACUGAGAAAACGAGCCCUAAUGAUGAGAAUAGCGAGGAUCAAGAUGAAGCCCAGACUAUAGAGAACCAUGCAAAGGAUGCAGCCAUCAUUGAAAAAUCCGAUGAUGAUGAAGUAGUUAGAGCUGAAUAUCAAGCCCUGAUCAUCGGCCUUCAAAUGGCGAAUGAGAUGAAGAUCACGGACCUUGAAAUAUAUAGAGACUUUAAGUUGGUGAUUAACCACCUUCUUAAAGAAUAUGAGGUUAAGAAAGAUGAUCUAGUGUCAUACCAUCGUUAUACCUCUCAUUUGUUGGAACGGUCUGAUAGCGUCAUGCUAGAACACAUUCCGAGGAAAGAAAAUUGGAUAGCUGAUGUUUUGGCAAAUUUAGCUACAAUAUUGGCGUUAACUGAUGAGGACCUAGUUCAUGUUCCUAUAUGUCAAUGA